CCUGAUCGAUGUGGUUAUAAAAAUUGAACGCGUCGCGUGUUCUUUUUGCAUUCUUCUCGCGGAACCGCCGCCGCCGCCGAAGAGAACGCGCGCAAACUAUCCUCUACCAAAGCCUUAGAGUAAACGCCAUCAAUUAUUUUUGUCCUCAUUUGUAUUUAAUAUAUUGCACAUAGGGUCUUCGCGCAUCGCAGAAGCAGCAUUAUAAUAUUCACACCGUUUCACCGUCGUCGUCCAAAAUGUUGAACAAAAUAUCCGUUGUGGAACUGAAACUGUUCUUCACGACCAGUGUAAUGUCGUUUCAACAGUUUGUCAUCGGUGGGGUUUUCGGAUUUUCAGCCGUCAUACUGCCGCAGCUCGAACUGUCCGACGCUCUCGUCAAAGUCGACGCAGACCAAGCGUCCUGGAUAGCAAGUCUUCCGCUCCUGCUGUGCCCCAUCGGUUCGCUGGUGUUCGGCUAUUUGUCCGACAGGUUCGGCCGGAAGUUAUCGCUACAGCUUACGUACGUGCCCCUGCUAAUCAGCUGGUCGCUGCUCAGCAACGCCGAGAGCUUGAAAGACAUUUAUAUCGGCAGACUGUUGACCGGACUAGCUACUGGUACCGGAGGCGUGAUCUACGUGUACAUAGCCGAGACGAGCCCGACGGACACCCGGCCCUUUUUCCUGUUGAUCUACACACUGUUCGUGGGCUUGGGACUGAUGACGUCCGCGAUCUUGGGCGCGUUGUUCCACUGGCGCACGGUGGCAGCCGUAUACGCCGUGAUGUGCGCGAUCGGUUUCGUCGCGCCGUUCUUCGUGCCGUCCACGCCCAUGUGGCUGCGGUCCCGGAAGCGGGAAGAGGAGGCCCGACUGGCCGAGAAGUGGUUCGGGUUCCAGCUGGACCGCAUCGACGACCUACCAACGCUACCACCGCCGCCUUGCGCGUCUGCGGCCAUGGCCACGUUGACUCGGGCUGACUCGACGGUUGGCGCGAUCAUGGACACGAACGUGAGCUGCUGGGGCACGUACACCUCACCCACCGUCUGGAAGCCCACGCUUGCCUCCCUCGCGUUCUUCUGCUGCCAACAAGCGUCCGGGUUCUACGUGCUGCUGUUCUACUCGGUGGACGUGAUGCGCGACUGCCGCGUGUCCAUCGACGGCAUGACCGCCGCCGUGUACCUCUGCGCCGCCCGACUGGCCGGGACCAUCGUCAGCCUCAUGUUCCAAUCGGCGCGCAAGCGCACGCUAACUACCGUCUCGGGACUGGGCAUGUGCGUGUCCAUGUCCACUGUAGUCGGUUACCUGUACGCGUUCAACGGCGUGUCCGCCCCGCCGGCCACCGACUUGCUGAUCGUGCCGUUCCUGUUCUACGUGUUCUUCGCUAUGUUCGCCGUGCUGCCGUUACCGUGGAGCGUGUGCGGUGAGAUGUUCCCGAUGGCCGUCAAGGGCACCAUGAACGGCGUGAUGUACUCGUGCGGUUACGAGCUCAUGUUUGGCGCCAUCAAGGUGUACCCGAUGAUGGUGGACAUGUUCGGUAUCCGGGGCGUGUGGACAGCGUGCGCUUGCAUGUGCUUCGUCAUCUCACUGUUCGGCGCGUUCGUACUGCCCGAGACUACUGGCAAAACGCUAAACGAGAUUACCGACGGGUUCAGGUCGUCCAGCGACAAGGCCCGCAAGAGGAUAGUCAAGCCUCAAAUACCCUAGACCCGACCCCGCUGCAGCUCCACAGCCGGUCUUAAAGUAUUAUUUAGUCGUCGUCGUCGUCGUUGUAGUUAGUUAGUUAUGUAGCCGGCAUGUCAAACAAUAAUAUAAUAGAGUUCGAAUUGUCUAUACUACACAAUCAAACUGUAUAAACUGUGAAUAUUUAAAAAUAUAUUUUUUACUUUGGUAUGAGCACGACGAGUGACGACGUUGCGUCACCGCAAUACUAUUUGAUACCUAAUACACGAUUGUGUCAUAACAACAAUAAAUGUAUCACGUCUGAUUUAAAAUAUAAUUAUCAUCGUAUUCCACGUAAUGACUAUAUAUUUCUUCCCUGAUACCAGCCAGGUCAGUGUACAUAAUAACGUGUUGUAGUUGGGUACAAUACUAUAUUGACCCAUUUUUUACAAUUUAAUGUAAUAAUAAAAGUACUGUAAGUCUGUUUUAUACCCAUGUAAAUAAUAUUUACAAUAUCGUAUACGGUUUAUACUAUAUAUUAUGUAUAUUUAAGAGUAAGUAAUUUUUGUAGUAAAUAAUAUAAUGAUUGUGUAAUUAAUACGACUUUUGAAUAUCAUUUUGUAAAGCAAUUAAUAUUUUUUUAUGUAAAUUAUAGCUUUUAACGAAAUAUAAUAUAAUAUAUUUACUCUGUA